GAGUGCUACGUCAACUUUCAGACUAUAAAAUAGUUUCGCAUUGAAUUCUCUCUAUUGCUUAACGGACCUGAAAACCAAUAAGAAUUGGAAAGAUGGCUGAAGCCGACUACAGGCUGUAUUUGUGCAGCAACUGUUGCCGCCGCUGCUUUUGGAACGAGCUGUCCCCGCAGGAGCAUCGCUGCACCCGCUGCCGCCUGCCGCUCCAGGGCUGCGCCAUCUGUGACCGCAAAUUCGAGCCACGUGACCGCACUGAGCUCUAUUGCAAGCGAUGUGACUUUCAUCUGGUGAAACACGUAUCUGCCACACCGCCGCCAGUCUUAGAACUGGAUCUGGAGCUGGACAUGGAGCCGGAAUUGUUUGGACCACCGCGCGACCGUACCAUGGCUCAGCGCUGGAAGGAGAUCAAGUCGGCAACCGGCAUUGAAGAUGGUUAUUUUAUUGAUUGAAGUGCUGAGUAAAACAAUUCACAAAUAUUGUCCAGACU